AUGCAGCACGGCUCGGUGGGGCCCUCGUCGUCGGCCCGCAAGACGACGGUGUCGAGCACCGCCGGCGGCUCCGUCCACCUCCAUCACCGCUCGUCCAACGGCUUCUCGACCUCGCCGAGAGCUCCGUUGAGCCGACACAACGAGAUGGACUUUGGAAAGAUGUUCGCGGUGAUGGAGAAGGGACACAAAGUGUGCAAGAUCGCAGUGCUCAAGAAAUGGGAUCCAGCCUACAAGCAGCUAACUUUGGACCGGAAUUCCAGACAAAUAUUCCUCACCAAACUGGAAUUAUCCGCAGUGAGGUAAGUCAUUCGAAGUAGUUUCCGGUUCUCAUAGUCGUUUUUUGUUUUUCAGAAACAAACCAACCAUUCUGGACAUUCGACAAAUCCGCGAAGUGCAAACACUCCACUACAAACUGAACACGAUCAAAGUGGACGAUAAAUGGAAGAAGGACCGGGAAAUAGUGAACUUCGAGGCCAAAACCAUACUGAUCAUCUCGUAUGGAAUGGCAUUUGCCCUUUCCUACUGGAUUCUUCUCUGUAAGUCAUUUUUCCCAAUUGGCAAUCAAAAUGAGACUGUUGCAGUCGAGAGUGAGGAUGCGUGCAAACUGUGGUCGCACGGGCUCAGCAACCUGAUGAUCGAGACGAGGGACCGCGAUUCAUCGCCUCAUCCGUUGAGGAUCGAACGAUUUCUCCACAAGCACUUUCUCGGCCUCAUGUCGCCGGCAAACGAUGCGUAAGUAUUCAUGAAAAUCAUUCAAACAAUACUAGGUGGUUAUUUUCAGAGUGGCCAGAAAGCACAUGAAGCCGUUCGUGCAGACUUCUCUUCAGUUCAAAGUCGCAUCGGAUCAACUGCAGAAAGUGACGGAAGACCAGAUGAACUUUGAUCAGUUCAGCUACGCCAGUCGGCAGUUGAUUCACGUGCCCGAGCUGUUCUCCUCCCGUUUCGCCGAUCUCGCAGAGAAGCACGAUCGGAUUGGACUCGUCGUCUCUUUCCAGAACUUUCUGCGGUUUCUCGACGGAAAACAGUUCGAUGAGCUGGCCUCGAACCGAACUAGAGCUCUCGACUUCCUCAACCGCUACUUUCACCAGGAGCAAUCUUAUUCUGGCGAUAGAAAUGAGCCAGUGAUGACCGUGCUCGAGUUCUGUGACUUCCUCUUCUCUCGUGAGAACUCCCUGUGGGAUCCGUCGAACGAGAAAGUGACUCAUGAUAUGAGCAGGCCGUUGUCCCAUUAUUGGAUCGCCAGCAGCCAUAAUACGUGAGUGAAAAAGCAUUCAAUCAAAGUAAAGUUCUGGAAUUUCAGAUAUUUGACGGGAGAUCAACUCCGCUCCGAGUCUUCCCUCGAUUGUUACGCACAGGCACUGUUGAUGGGAUGCCGGUGCAUCGAGUGUGAGUCACUCUUCUCCGGAUCCCCCCCACUUAACUAAUAUUUUCAGUGGACUGCUGGGACGGUCAGAAGAAAACGGGGUCGAAUGAGUUCGUCGACAUUGUCAUCUACCACGGGUACACGAUGACUUCGAAGAUUCUGCUCCGCGACGUGCUCCACGUCAUCCGACAUUACGCAUUUGUGACCUCUGAAUACCCAGUAAUUCUGUCCAUCGAAGACAAUUGUUCGGUUCCUGCUCAACGGCUUCUGGCUCUUGAGCUCAAAGAAAUUCUCGGUGAUUAUCUUCUGACACAGCCGGCGAAUCGAGAUGAGAAACAGUUGCCUUCACCGGCGGCGUUGAAAAAGAAGAUUAUUGUGAAGCACAAAAAGUUGCCAGUGGAGAGUGAAGACCUGGCGGCGGUGGUGAAAACUGAUGAGUGUAAGCUUUUGAAUUGAUAUCAUUCGAAACGAUAAUGUGCGAAUUGCAGUCCAAGACACGGAAAUCAUUGCUCGGGAAUGCGUCAAAAAGGGAAUUCUGAUGGUCCGCAACAACAGCACUCACGAGUGGACCUCCCACGUUUUCAUCCUUUUCCCCGACCGUCUCUGCUAUCUCAUUCAAACUGCAGACGACAAUUCGAACGACGACACAGUCAGUGUGAGUGGAGACGAAGAACGGGAAGAGGAGACGCCUUCUGGAUUCGGAGUGCGGCCGGAGGAGAUGCAUGUGACUGAGGAGUGGUUCCACGGGCGGUGCGAACGGGAUGAGGCGAAGAAAAGGAUUCUGGAGCACAAAGAGAAAGGAAACGGAUUGUUUAUGAUCAGAGAUUCGAAUCUCUUCAUUGGCGACUUCUCGCUCUCUAUUCUGCACGACGGAAAAGUGCAUCAUGUGAGAAUCAAAUCGAAGAUUGUCGACAGUGAGUUGAAAAGGAUAACAAGAAAAAGGGUGCGCAAACAAUCUGAUUUUCAGAAGAGAAGAAGUAUUAUUUCAUGGACAACAAAGUGUGUGACACCCUUUACGAAUUGGUUUCCUACUACACCCGCCACUAUCUGACGACUGCGCACUUCAAAAUGGUGCUCACAAUCCCGUGCCCUCAGCCCCAACCUCAUCUGAAUCAACCGUGGUUCUCAGUGACCGCCGACAAGGAGAAGGCGGAGGAACUGUUGAGUCUGGUGCCAGAGGACGGCGCCUUUCUCAUCCGAACCUCUUCCACCGACUCAUCAGUUUUGUCCUUUCUCUCAAGGUCGACGGAGAGUUCUGGCAUUACCGGUUGAAAGAGACGGUCGCAUCUUCGUGGUCAACCAGAAAGUGUUGAGAAUCUGAAUCAGAUUGUCGAAUUCUACGGAAACCGCGAGUUUGUUCGUGGAAUCAGUCUCCGAUUCCCAGUCAAUGAGAAGGAUAUCAGCCAUCUGACUGCCGAGCUGGCGGAAGCACGCACUCCCGGAUGCUACAUGGAUCUGAAGGACCUGGACAAAGAAGUACAGGCACGAUCGAUCCGCCCGUAUCGAGGAACAGCGGACGAUGAGCUCUCGUUCCCUGCAAACGCUAUAAUCACUGUGCUCCGGAAGGAAGAAGGGUUGUGGAGGGGACGGUACGGAUCCCUCACUGGAUGGUUUCCGUCGGCACACGUGCAAGAGAUCCUUCCCGAGAAGGUGUCCACUUCUGGUGAGUUGAGCGAAAUAUUAAAUGAAAACUGAUUCAAACUAUUCAGAAGCGAGCAACUACAACACAAUAGAGCUGGCUGGAACUCUAAUCGAAAGGAUCCACGACGCUGAUCGACCGAACGUCAUCAAGAUUUCACAAUCGAACUCGCAUUGGAUGAACAAGCAAUACUAUAUGCUGGCUGCUUCCUGUAAGUCUCUGUGAAAUAUCAAGAUGGAAAAAUGAGUGUUUCAGCAUCGGAAGAAGCGGACGGAUGGCAGAACAAUCUGUUCGAGCUCACCCGUUCUGUGAACAACAAGAUGAGCAUUCUGAGGACGAAAGAGAAAGAAAAACGGAUUGCCGCCGAGCUGUCGAACCUCGUGGUUUACUGUCAAGCAGUUCCAUUCGACCCUGCGCACAUCUACAACGACGCAUUCUAUGAAAUGUGCUCAUUCGUCGAAGGGAAACUUGAUAAGCUCAUCGAAAAGGGUCUUUUGCCCUUCAACUCGCGAAAACUGUCCCGUGUUUAUCCGAACGGAAGCCGGAUAACUUCGAACAAUUACAGUCCGGUGCCGAUGUGGAAUGCCGGCUGUCACAUGGUCGCUCUCAAUUAUCAGACGGGCGACAAGCCGAUGCAGUUGAACCAGGGAAAGUUUUUGGCGAACGGGCGGUGCGGAUUCGUUCUGAAGCCAGAAUACAUGCUCACUGACGAUUUCGAUCCGUCGAACACGGAAAAGUGCGGAACUGCCUAUCCGAUCCGACUGAAUGUGCAAGUGAUCGGAGGACGACAUCUGUCCAGAAGGGACAAGAACAAGGGAAUCUGCUCGCCGUUCGUCGAAAUUGAAGUGAUCGGAAUGCCUUGCGACACGAAAGUUUAUCAGACAAAGACUAUUGCUUCCAAUGGUCUCAAUCCCAUCUGGAAUCAAACGUUCACCUUCGAAAUCCAGUGUCCAGAAGUGGCGCUGCUCCGCUUCCACGUGGAGGACGGUGAUUUCGUGGGACCGAAAACGGAUCCGUUCAUCGGACAGGCCGUCUUCCCAGUCGAUUCGAUCCGCUGCGGGUUUCGCUCGGUGCCCCUCAGGAACCAAUACAGCGAGGAACUCGAGCUCUCCGCUCUUCUCGUCGACGUGCAAAUGUGCUCAAGAGAAGGCACUCAGCUCAUCCGCUCCUCUUCUCAUUUCCUCCAGGUCGGUGCUCUUUCUCAACUUCUCCAAACAUUUUCCGUUUCUCUUUCAGGCUAGCCGACUCGCUCCAGUCUUUGCUCAUCGCAAAAUCACGAACGGAGACAGUAUUCCCCGUGAGAUGGCUCCCCGACUACGAGGCUCGGCCACCGAUCGCUCACUCGACUCUCCGACGAGUUCGGAAUCCCGGGCCACACUCCUCGGGAGCCAACAGCGGGGAAGUCAGGACUCAACGGAAAGCGCAGAGUAAGAAGAGAAACUUUUCGAUAUUUUCAAUAAUGUUUCAUUCUUUCAGAACUGCAUCGAUAGCAUCCGGAACGGUCAGCUCACGAGACGGGAAAAAGAAACAAAACUGGCUCAAAAAGUUUUCAUUUGGCAAAAGUAGCAAGUCGUAG